AUGGCAUCUCUACCCCCCAACCACAUUCGAGAGGACUUCAUGAGAUCAACAGCUGCAGUCAACAUGGCCGUCGCAUCUUCUGCGAAGGCCAAGUCGGCCUGCAAAGCCAACACCACCAACAACAACAAUGCCAGCUCCAAGGCAAAAUCACAAAUGCACCGCCGUUCAAGGACAGGAUGCUACACCUGCAGACUGCGCCGCAAGAAGUGCGACGAGGGCUCGCCAAUGUGCUCCGCUUGCAAACAUCUUGGCUUGACAUGCGAAUACAAGCGCCCAAUGUGGUGGAGCAACAACGAUGCCCGCCGCAAGCACAAGGACGACAUCAAGAUGAUUAUCAAGCGCAAGAAGCUCUCAGAGAAGGCGUCGCACACAAUCCAGACUUCCGUCGGCUCUCCUCCCGGCCUGUCGCACUCUUUGCCCACCUCUGCCACCUUUUCCGACCCUCUGGACCGCACUCGCUCCGCCUCCAUUGACUCGCACUUCUCCCAGGCUUUCAACUUCAACAGCCCGCCAACUGUCGGUGCCGAUUAUGCUGCCUACAACCCCCAGAUGCACCCCGACUUCAUGUUCAGUGGCUUCCCCUCGCCUUACGAGAUUGAUGUCAAGACUGAGCGCCAGGUCUACAUGAACGAUGUGCCCACUCUAAGGGAGUCGACCAUUUCCACUUUCAGCACCUACCACACUCCCCCACCUCCGGGAACCAUCCUGCCUUCCUCCGUGCCCCUCGACGGCGAGUGGACCGAGCAGAUCUACUCUGAGCGCAAGGAGUCCCUUAGCGAGGAGGCCCUCAACGUCAACUUCUUCGACUUCUCUCAUGGCCCGGCCAUGUCCAACCGCCAGGUCGCAGUUGAGCUUGACGAGAACGAUCAGCGCCUGCUGGACCACUUUAUCCAAUUCGUCCUGCCCACCAUCUUUCCCAUCCUCGACUCCAACCAACAUGGCUCAGUCGGUUCCGAUCUGAUCUUGCCGGCUCUGCAGAGCAACAAGGGUUACCUGCACUGCUGUCUUAGCAUCGCCGCCCAGCACUACAAGGCGACCAUGAACGUUCCCGGAGAGGAGAUUGACCAGGACAUCAUGCGCCAUCGGUACGCCACCAUCUCGUCUCUUUGCGACGCUUUGAACAAGGACGAGAACCACCAGGAGAUUCUCGAGGCUGCUUUGGGUCUUAUCUUCUUCCAGUGUGUCGUCGGUCGCUUCGACGACGCACUGCCCGACAUCCCCUGGCACCAGCACUUCCAAGCUGCCAUCAGCUUGGUCCAGAAGCUUGACCUACCCCGCCUGGUUUCGGAUCCCCAUGAGCAGAUAACCCAAACUCCCUUCAACAUGACUUUGACCUCUUGGAUUGACAUUCUUGGCGCCACCAUGCAGGGACAAGCUCCUACCUUUGCCCACACCUACCGCGAGAAGCACCUGUCAAACAACCCUAGCCUGGGUCUUCGCGAGCUCAUGGGAUGCGAUGACCGUGUCAUGUACCUCAUUUCUGAGAUCGCCUGCCUCGAGGCUCUCAAGGGAAGCGGCAUGGACGACAUUACUCUUUGCCAGCACGUCCACGCUCUUGGCGACCAGAUCAACCUCACCGAGAUUGGCGAGCCUGGUCCCAAGAUGCCUUACAAUAACAACGGAAGCCUUUCCCCUAAGCAGCUUUCCAAGAACAUGACAGCCGCGUUCCGCCUUGCCGCUCGCAUCUAUCUUUGCAGCUUGGUACCCGGCUUCAAUCCCGCGCAGGCUUCCUGUGUCGGCUUAGUUGAGAAGCUUGCCAACGUUCUCCAGCUUAUCCCCUCGGGACCUGGAGGCUUUGACCGCAGUCUCGUCUGGGUCUACCUCGUGGGCGGCUCUGUCAGCUUGCCUGGCAGCUCUUUCCGCGCUCUCUUUGAGGACCGCGUUGCCCAGCUUGGCGAUGUCUCUGACUGCGGCUCCUUCGGCCGCGUCGCCUCGCUCCUCAACGAAGUCUGGAUGCAGACAGGCAACAUCAAGAGCAGUGACAGCUGCGCCGGCAGCCCUGGUUCCACGCAAGGAGCUGAGGCGGUAGCAUACAUCCACUGGAGGGAUGUCAUGCAGAUGAAGGGCUGGGACUUCUUGCUCAUCUAG